CAAUGAAUCACAGGCUUUAGGCCCAGUACUACUUCGCCGUAACUCACUGAUUGGGCCAACAUUAACGCUGCCGGAAACCCCUGAAAAAUUUCUCAGUAAUCAGCGACGAUGGGUGGAGAUCGGAGCAGAAGCACGAGUAGCAGUAGCAGCAGCAGUGAAGAGGAUGGAGAUGCUGAUUGGAGAGCCGCCAUAGAUUCUGUUGCUGCUACAACUACAUUUGGCAAAACUACCGGCAAAGUUCUUUCAUCAGCCACUGCUACUAACGGUGAAUCUGUCGCCCAUCCAUUCCAAGAAGAUGAAAUUGAUACUAUCCAACCCAGGAAGCUCAAACAUUAUCAAAUAAAGGCCCUGAAGACUUUGGAAGACAUUUUAGACAAGACGAUAGAAAUAGUGGGAGACAUUGAUCAUGCUUCACAGGAAGAUACACCCUCAAUGAAUGGAGCUGGAAUCCGAUUGUUCAGGCGUGCUCCGCCAGGGAUUGUAUUUGAUCACACAGAUGAACUCCAAGAACCCAGAAAGAAACCAAGAAUUCGUCCUGGGAAGGAGUUUGAGGAGAACUCAAAAGAGUUCAAAAACCAAAUCAAGUCCAUUGCUGUUGAUGGGAUGGAUAUUUUAGCUGCAUCUAAAAAUGCUUGCCAGAAAUCAUUGGCCAGACUAGAAGCAAGAGAAGCAGCAGCUAAAGCAGCUUCUAAAAGAGAGGAAGAAAGAGUUGCAGCAUUAAAAAAAAUUAGGGGGGAGAGAUGGCUCCCUUCUAUGGCCAGAGAUAUGCAGUCAAGGCUUCAACGACGUUGACACCUGUAGAUGGACUAUGCUUCCAUUAUUCAGCACUCAUCUUUCAUUUCUCUUACUCUUUAAAGUUUCUAUUGUUCAUCUCAGCCUGUGUUUUAUGUUAGGCUACCUGAGCCGGUGUCUUUGUCAGGUCCAGAAAAAGGCAUAGCCACUGUUUCUGUGUUGCCAAAAAAAAAAAAAAAGCUCUUUCUGAUUAAAUUGAUUAGACAUUUCUGUAUUGAAGUUAAAAGGUCUGGUUAUUGGUACAGCCAUUGGCAAACAAUGGUGUCAAGGCACAGCAUUUCUUCAUUCAUUUCCAACUGAAGAUCACCUGUGUUAUUAGUGAAUGCCAGCCAGUGAUUCUUUGGUCUGUAUAAUGUGUCUAGCGUUCUUAUUAUUACAUCAGAAUAUCAGACCUUAUUAAGUA